CACCAGGAGCUCCGCUAGAGCUUCAAUUCAGUCUCCUUUCACGAAUCCAGACACUACAUCGUGUCGCCUGUACAUCAUCUUCUUUGCUACGUCUUUACACCUCUCCCUGCCAUCCUCGCCGCGCUUGUCCCUCCCGUCAUGGAUACGAUAGUCGCCCAGUACACUCGCUCGCCCUUCCAGCAUGAGUCUUAUUCAGAGGAAGAGCAGCGCAACCUCACAGAGAGCCUCCCACCGCUAUCUCUAAAGUUCGAUCUUCCUCCUGUUGAUAAUUCCUCUGCCUUUCUUCGUGCUAUGACAGAUGACCACUCGAAUCCAAGCUGUCCCAUAAAACUCGCUCACGGAACGACGACACUGGCGUUCCGAUUCCAGCAUGGAAUCAUUGUUGCUACGGAUUCGAGAGCUACGGCAGGAAACUGGAUUGCCAGUCAGACAGUGAAGAAGGUCAUUCCCGUGUCGCGGUUGAGUCUGGCGUUGGACAGUGACAGGCCGAAGGACGAGCCUGUCCCGGGUCUUCUGGGCACUAUGGCUGGUGGUGCGGCGGACUGCCAGUACUGGCUGCGAUAUUUGGGUCAGCAGUGCACGCUUCAUGAGCUGCGACACAAGCGCCGUAUCACUGUCGCUGCCGCUUCCAAGAUCCUCGCAAACCUCACCUACUCGUACAAGGGAAUGGGACUGAGCAUGGGAACCAUGUUGGCAGGCAUGACGCCGCAAGAAGGACCUGCCCUCUACUACAUCGACUCCGACGGAACACGGAUGCCAGGCAACCUGUUCUGUGUCGGGUCCGGUCAGACCUUCGCCUACGGUGUGCUGGACGCUGAGUACCGCUACGACCUGACGACCGAAGAGGCUCUGGAGCUCGGAAGGAGAAGUAUCCUGGCUGCUACGCACAGAGAUGCGUACUCCGGUGGUUUCAUUAACCUGUACCACGUCAAGGAGGAAGGAUGGGUCCACCACGGCUUUGACGACACCAACCCCAUCUUCUGGAAGACGAAGUUGGAGAAGGGUGAAUUCUCUAAUGUCACGGCGGAGCUAUAAAUUUCCCUCCCUGCCGUUUCUUUCUAGUUAUGUCGCAGGAUAGUUAGAUGAGAGGAAUGACCAAUGCUGUAUAAUCUAUACAGCUAUUUUUCUUAAUAAGAACGCAAUUCUUAGUAGAAAACGAAUGUUUAUAUAUACCGUGUCACAUGCUGUUGCAACACGAAUGACAUGACCGUACGGGAG